CGUGCACGCGCGCGGAGGGACGGAUGCACCAGGAAGUCAGUGCUGCCCGGCUCGGCUCGGCAACGGGCUGUGGGGGUGCGGCGUGAGACGGGCUGAAGCGGGCCGCUCCCGGCUGGCGGGGAGACUCCCACCGAGGGUGAGUCUUGCAUUGCAUCCCGAGCGAGGAGGGUCAGUGUGGGCCUGCGCUGCUCCCGGUAGGUAGAUCUGUUCCAGACAGCAAGCAUGGAGGAACGGACCCGAAGUUGUUUGUUGAGAAAUCGCUCUGCACUUGAGCAAGAUAUCAAGACCUCGUACAUUAUGGACCACCUAAUAAGUGAAGAGGUUCUGAAUCUUGAAGAUGAACAGAACGUUAAAGUUCAGGCCACACGGAAAGAACGGGCUGCUUUACUUAUUGACCUGAUACUUCAGAAGGAUAAUUAUGCUGUCAUAUCUUUCUACAAUGCAUUGCUGAAUGAAGGUUAUAAGGAACUUGCUGUUCUUCUUCAAGAUGGCCUUCCAAUCAUAUCAACCUCAAUUAAAAGUUCCAUAGACGGUUUGACUCCUUAUGUUCAAACAGUACUUUGUGAAGGUGGUGUACCCCAGCGUCCUGUUGUGUUUGUUGACCGUCCAGAGCUUCUGCAAACUAUCAGAAGUGAAUUGUUUAACUUGGAAACGGAGCCUGGCUGGAUCACCUUAUGUGGCAUGGCAGGUUGUGGCAAGUCAGUUUUAGCAGCUGAAGCUUUACGCAAUCACAGAGUUAUAUCUGAAUGUUUUCCCGGAGGAGUACACUGGGUAGCAGUUGGAAAGCAAGAUCGCGCUGGUAUUCUGGUUAUACUACAGAAUCUUUGCAGUCGAUUUAAUCAAGGAUCCCAGACUUACCUAAAUCCACCUCUAAACAUUGAAGAAGCCAGGGACCGACUCCGUUUCUUCAUGGCACGUAAAUAUCCUCGGUCACUUUUGAUCCUUGAUGAUGUUUGGGACAACUGGGUACUAAAGUGUUUUGAUGUUCAAUGUCGUGUUCUGAUCACCAGCAGAGAUAAGACCAUAUCUGAAGCAGUAGCAGGGAAUAAAUUCCUCAUUUUGGUGCAAAGUGGCCUGAGCAAUGAUAAAGGAUUGGAAAUACUAGCACGUUUUGUUAAUUUGAAGGUCUCCUGUUUGCCAGAUGAAGCACACAUCAUCGUGCAGGAGUGCAAAGGUUCCCCUCUGGUUGUCUCCCUUAUUGGUGCUCUGUUGAGAGAAUUUCCAAAUCGUUGGGCUUAUUACCUCAAACAGCUACAGGGUAAACAGUUCAAAAGAAUUCGUAAGUCAUCCUCCUAUGAUUAUGAGGCACUCGAUGAGGCUAUGGCAAUUAGCAUUGAGGUAUUGGAGCACGACCAUAGAGAAUACUACAAGGACCUCUCUAUACUUAAAAAAGAUGUGAAAGUACCAACUAAGGUUCUGUGUAUUCUGUGGGAAAUGGAUGUGGAAGAAGUGGAAGAUAUUUUACAAGUGUUUGUCAACAAAUCUUUACUAUUCUGUGACCGAAACAAGAGAUCGUUUCGGUAUUACCUGCAUGAUUUACAAUUGGACUUUCUAACUGAACAAAAUCAUGAUCAACUGAUGGAUUUACAUGUCAAAAUGGUUCAUCAGUAUCAGAAGACAUAUAAAAAUGGAUUUCCAUCUCCUUCUGAUGAGGAUUAUAUUUAUUGGUACAGUUUUCUGGCAGACCAUAUGGCCAAAGCUAAUUUGAAGAAGGAACUCUACUCACUGAUGUUUUCAAUGGAUUGGAUAAAGGCCAAGACUGAAGUGAUGGGUCCCGCCCAGUUAAUAAAUGACUUUGUGGAACAUAGGCAUGUGCUGGAUGAGGAGAACAGUACAGUGCGGGAGAAUUUUCAAGAAUUCCUGUCUUUGAAAGGCCAUCUCCUGGUGCAGAAACCCUUCCCAGAUAUUGUGCAGUUGGGUCUUUGUCAGCCGGACUCCUCUGAAGUAUAUCGACAGGCAAAGCUGAAGGCUGUAGAAAAAGCCCAGUAUGGAGCUGUGUACUUGGAAUGGAUAAACAAGACCACCUUGCAAAAUUCAUCAAGCCUUGUUGUUCAGCUUCAUUGUGAUGCUGUUUUUCAUGCCUGUUUUUCUCAUGACGGAUUGAAGAUAGCUUCUUGUGGAGCAGACAAAACAUUACAGAUUUUCAAAAGUGAGACAGGUGAGAAACUUUUGGAGAUUAAUGCACAUGAUGAUGAAGUGCUGUGCUGUGCAUUUUCACCAGAUGACAAAUUUGUUGUCACAUGUUCAUCAGAUACAAAAGUUAAGAUCUGGAAUUCCAUAACUGGACAGCUGAUUCACACAUACCGUGAACAUGAAGAACAAGUCAAUUGUUGUCAGUUUACACAUUCACAGCAUAACGUGAUGUUAGUAACAUGCUCCAAUGAUACUCUUGUAAAGACAUGGGACCUGAAAGGGAGCAACUGUAAAAACACUCUAUUUGGCCACACGGAACCUGUUAACCAUUGCAGUUUUUCUCCUGAUGACCAGUAUGUCGCCAGUUGUUCCAAUGAUGGGACAGUGAAGCUAUGGGACACAAGAUCUGGUAAUGAGUGGAAGUCCAUUGAUGUAAAUGAACAAUGCCGGACAUCAGAUGAUGAUGAGGAGGUUCUCUUAAAGUGCUGUUUGUGGAUAUCUGAUGGCACCCAAAUCCUGGCAGCUGCAAAAAGUACUCUCCUUAUUUAUGAUGUAUCGACUGGGGACAUGAUAACUGAAUUAGUGAUUAGUCGCUACAGCAAUAUUCAGUCUUGUGCUAUUUCUCCUACCAGACCAUUACUGGCGGUGGCUUUGUCUCACAAUUCUGUAGAGUUAUGGGAUAUGAAAUUGCACAAGAGAGUGGCUGACUGCAGUGGACAUCUAAGCUGGGUUCAUUGUGUCCAAUUUUCACCUGAAGGUGCAAAAUUAUUGUCGUCUUCAGAUGACCAAACCGUUAGGCUCUGGGAGAUCAAUAAAGUGCACAGUUCCUCUGCUGUUUCUUUGGUACAGUGCAUGGAUGCAAUCUUCCAACAAGAUGACAUGUUUGUCCUGGUAUCUGAUGAUAAAAAAUGUUUACAGCUAAUAAAUGGAAAAACUGGCAAUGUGAUGUUCCAGAGUGAUGUUCAGGACUCUCGUAUCUGUUGUUGCUGCCUUAAUCAACACAUUAAUUUGGCUGCAUUUGGACAUGGAGAUGGAAUCUUGAAGGUAGGCAUGAAGUCGGCCAAGCUCGUCCUACAGAACAUUGGAUGGAAGAGGCAACAAUUCCAGAAGAGCCUGUUGAUAGCGAUAGGUCUAGAAAAAGGCAUAGUAAAGGUCCUAGAACUUCCCAGUGGUAAAACUCUCAGUACAUUAACAGGCCACACGAACGCCGUUCAACGAUGUCAGUUUACACAUCAUGAGCAAACACUUAUUUCCAGUUCUGAUGAUGCUACAAUAAGGGUUUGGAAUUGGCACACAGGAGCAUGCAAAGUCCUUGAAGGGCACACUGAACAAGUGAAAAACUUUAAGCUGUUGAGAGGAUCACAGCUUCUGUCCUGGUCCUUUGAUGGCACGAUGAAGGUGUGGAACUUUGCAACUGGCGAGUUGGUGAAGAACUUCGAUUGCCAUGACGGAGCGGUUCUAUCGUGCGAUGUGUCACCUGAUGGCAGUAAAGUUGUUUCUGCUUCUGCUGAUAAAAGUGCCAAGAUUUGGAGUCUGAGGGACAACGUGCCUCCUAUUGUUCUGGCUGGCCACAAUGCCUGUGUUCGGAGCUGCAGAUUUACUUGGGAUAACGAAUACUUGGCAACCGGAGAUGACAAUGGUGAAAUCAGGAUCUGGAGGGUGAAAGAUGGUUCUCUGCUUCAUAUUUGUCCGAAAGAUGCGGAGAUCAAGGAUUCCAAACAUGGAGGCUGGGUGACAGAUCUUCGCUUCUCUCCCAAUAGCAAGAUUUUGGUCUCCACUGGAGGUUACAUAAAGUGGUGGGAUGUGACUACUGGUGAAACACUGCAGACAUUCUACACCAAUGGGACAAACUUGAAGUCCAUUCAUGUUUCAUCUGACUUCAAGACCUUUGUGACUAUUGACAAUAUUGGAAUCCUCUAUAUCUUGAAAAUGAUAAACUGAGACUCCUUGCUGUGAAGAAACAAGAAAAAGCUUUUGCAGUUUCUGCUGGGGGUGGUUCCUUUCAUUGAACCUUUGGACAAAGCAAGCUAUGGAAUGUGAGCCAUUAUGCAAAUUUUCUAAUUUUUUCUUACACAAAAAUUGUUACUGAGCCAUUGAAAUUUAAUAGCGAUUUCACCAACACAUGAACUGAGUGCCACAUGCCAGAAUAGUGUGUGAUAAUAUUUUCUGUUAUUCACACCUCCUGCAACCAGUGACGCCACUGCUGGUAUUUUAUUGCUUUGAGACAUUGUGGCUGAACACAUUAAGAUUUGAAGCACAGUGAGCAGUUUACAGAGGCUUAAAGUACGUGACCAGGUUAUAAAGAUCUAGACUACCUGAUCCGUUUGCAAUAUGUACUCGGUGCUGUUCAAAUUGCAGAUUUUCAUUUGAUAAGAAAAUAUGUUCUAUUUGAUAUCUUAAGGUUUUUUAUAAUGAGGAUUUCAGGAACAGUGUUCAGAUUGGACAUGUUAUGAGUUAUGAUCAAAAUUCUGAGUUGAAGAAUUAUGAUUGUAAAAAUGUUCAAGUACAGUUUCUGUUUUCUUCUACCAUUUCUUAGUUUCAUCAUUCAUGCAAUAAAAAUUUUCAUGAUUAUUUAAAA